AUGGCCAAAUCGUCAUUCAAGAAAAAGGUCAUUGGCCAGCUGGCCACAAUGAUAAAAGCCAUUCCUGUUAUCCGACCUCAAGAUCUCGCAUCCAAAGGCAAAGGAACCGUCCGUUUGUCAGAAGAUGGAUCACGCUUGAUCGGCACAGAUACGGCGUUCCACCAACAAGUGGCAGCACGCGAUUUAAUUUCACUCAGCAAGCCAUUGAAAGUCGAAGUAGCAGAAGUAAUCUCGGAUACCGUAGUCGUGCUCAAGAAGCCUGUGGCAGAACCUAAUGUGGUAGCAGAGGAUGUCACGUAUAAAAUCAUCCCGCAUAUCGAUCAGAGCACCUUGUAUGAUCAGGUGCAUAAGCGUCUUGCUGAAUCGGGUUCUAUUGUGAUCUUUCCCGAAGGUGGUAGCCAUGAUCGUUCUGAAAUGCUUCCACUCAAAGCUGGAUUCGCUAUAAUGGCAUUAGGUGCUAUGGCCGAACAUCCCGGCAUUUCGGUCAAGAUUGUUCCUGUGGGACUGAACUAUUUCCAUCCACACAAGUUCCGAUCACGCGCUGUUAUUUCAUACGGUGCUCCUAUUACGGUCGAACACGAAUGGGUCGAGCAAUACAAGCAAGGUGGCGCUGCCAAGCGGGAGGCCAUUGCCGCACUUUUGGAAGCUGGCCAUGAGGGAUUAAAGAGUGUCACAGUGAAUGCGCCGAGCUAUGAUACCCUUAUGAUGAUUGCUGCAGCCCGUCGAUUGUACCGCCCUGCAGCUGAACGCAAACUACGAUUGGAUCAGGUGGUGGAACUCAACCGUCGUUUCUUGCUUGGCUACAAGCAUUUUGAAAAGGAUCCGCGUUUGAUUGAAUUAGCGCGCAAGGUCCAAGCUUACAACAACACACUCAAGUAUUUUGGACUGCGUGAUCAUCAGGUGGAACGAACAAAGACUGCGCCGCUGUCUGCCGUCUCGUUGCUGUUGUCGCGUAUUGCUCGCUUGGUCGGACUUGCAUGUGUCGGAUUUCCUGCUCUCCUUCUGAAUUCACCCAUUGUCCUCCUUGUCUCUACCAUCAGCCAGAAAAAACAAAGAGAGGCACUCGCAGGCUCCAAUGUCAAAAUUGCUGCUCGCGAUGUCCUUGCGACGUGGAAAGUCCUUGUCGUUGCCAUUUUUGCGCCUGUUGUCUAUGGCCUCUAUUCGACCAUCCUGUUUGGCUAUCUGUACAUGACGCAGUACCCACAACACAUGGACUUGAGCCGUAUUCUGGGCUGGUCCAUUGCCAGCUACUUGAUCCAGCCAUUCUUGCAUUAUGCUGCCAUUCGACUUUUGGAAACGGGUGUUGAUUUGUACAAAUCAUUGAAUCCAUUACUUCUUUCCACUUUGAACCCAAGUGCUGCAGCCCACUUACGCAGUAUGCGUGAGCGCUUAUCGGACGACAUCACAUCAUUCGUGAAUGAAAACGGCCCCUCGGCACUGGAAGACUUUGAUCCGCACAAGUUUGAAAAGUUAGAGCAGCGUGGCAUGUUUGAUGGUUCCACCAUCCCUUGGCUUGGCCAUGACCGGUCGUUGUUCAAUUUCCAUUCUUCUUCUUCGAGCAGCAGUCUUGCUUCAUCGUCGUCGUCAGUAUCGUCAGAUGAAAAAUGCUGA